GAUUGGAAAACAACAGGUUUGACGGAGCGUCAACGUACUCAUUUUGUUUUCUGCUGUUUCAGAGCACCACGAGCUCAAACUUCACCCUUACCUUUUUUUUUCCCUGACCUCCACGUCGUUCAUUUCGUAGUGGUUUUUCCAGUUUUAUACCUCCGGUUCAACAAUGGCAGGUGUACUCACGCUCAAUUUGGUGCUGCAGAAGUCGAAGGUGGAUGAUAUCCACCGCAUCCAGAAGCUGAAUAUCUGUGCUGCCCAGUUGCAAGACAUCGGCGUCCUCUGCCAGGCCGCGAAUAUAGAGGUGCUCUCCAUGUCCCUCAACGAGAUCUCCGAGAUCGGUGCGAUUUCGAACUGCCGCCGCCUCGUUGAGCUGUAUCUGCGCAAGAACUACAUCCGCGACAUCAACCAGGUUCUGCACCUCUCCCGGUUGCCUUACCUGGAGGUGCUGAACCUCUCCGAUAAUCCGAUUAGUCGGGACCCCAACUACCGCCGCUUUGUCAUUGCGGCCAUCCCGUCUCUCGAGCGCCUUGAUGAUCGCGACAUCACCGACGAGGAGCGCGAUGACGCCCUCCGCGUCUUUCCGCAGCUUCUCAGCUUCGCACCGCCGCCGUCCAAGUACGCACAGGCCACGGAGGGCUACGUCGCACCCACCGUGGAGGAGCGCCACGCACAGGCACAAGCGGCGCGCCACACUGGUGGAAACACAGGUCCGACUCUGAAAUCACGUCAGAACGCAAAUAUCGGCAAUGCCGGCUACGGCAACGAGAACCAGCGUGGACCAGCCGCAAACAGCAACGCGCCAAUUCGAAAGACUCCAGCUGCUAACGUGCAUCGCGACGUGCAGGCCGCACCGCGCAGUGGGAACGGCGGCGGCGGUAACGCAGGGCCAACUGCGCCGGCCCCGAAAGCCCCAGCGCCAGCUCCGGCACGCGCCAAGGCUGUCAAUGAGUAUCCGUCCUCCGCCUCCGUGGAUGGGGGCCCGACGGAGGAGGGUGUUGUGCAGGCGAUCAAGGUGUUGUGCGCGGAGCUUUCGUCCAACUCGUUAGAUGAGGUGCGACGGUUCGUCGACUCCAUGCGCGGCUACUGA